UCGGGGUAGGCAGGGUAAAUGGCACAAAAUUUAUUUCUUUUUAUGUUUUUACCAAAUUAGUGCAGAAACAAUCUCAUUCCUUUUUCCAAUUCCAAAUCUCAGAAGAAUUUGGUUACAAACAAAGCUUAAAUCAGUGCUAUCCGUCACAGAGAGAGAGAGAGAGACUUUGCGUGGUAAUGGACGACAGCCGCCCGAGAAGUUCUAAGAAAUUAUGUGCCGGGGACAGCUCAAUUGAUGAAUAUGCUGUACAAUGUGGGAAUUGCUUUAAAUGGCGGCUAAUACCUACACAAGAAGAGUUUGAAGACAUCAGAAGUAGAUUUGUAGAGGAUCCAUUUUUCUGCAACAAGAAACCUGGUGUUUCUUGUGAGGACCCAGCUGAUAUCGAGUACAAUGCCACUAGAACCUGGGUCAGCGACAAGCCAAACCUCCCCAAAACCCCAGCCGGAUUUCGCAGGGAGUUGGUACUCAGAAAAAAUUACUCCAAAUUGGAUGCCUACUAUGUUACUCCCGCUGGAAAGAAGGUGAGAGCCUCUACUGGAAUACCGUCAUUAUUAAAAGAAAAUCCAGAAUACAAAGCUUUAUCCAUUUCAGACUUCUCAUUUACAACUCCAAAAAUAAUGGAAGACACUAUCCCUGAGAAUGUUGUGAGAGAGAGAUCUGCGAGUAGUCAUAAGAGAAAACAUUGAGAGAGUAAUGUUUGGGAAUGUUUGAGAGAUUUGUUUGUAGUAGUGUGAGAAGUUCCGUUAGAGUUUUCUUUCUGGAGUAAAUUUGCAGUUGACCAGCAUUUCAUAUUAUUUCAGGUAAAAGACUGCUUUCAUGUAGAUAGAAAUGCAUUUGAUGGAGCAAACUCUCUUACAAUGCUUAGCAA